GCUCCGCCCUCGGGUGCCGAGGGCCCUCUUUCGCAGUAGUCCAUGAUGACCCCUCCCCAACUCUGGAGCCUGUGUGGAGGAGCUGGAGAAGGGGAGGGGGCUGGGCUGCUCCCUCCUCCCCCGGGCAGGAGCAUUGAAGGCCUUGCCCAUCCUCAUGCAGAGCCUUGAAGGCUCUCCCCAUGCCCAGAACAUGACCUUGAAGGCCUCUCCGAGCGGGCCCGUAACAGAGCCUUGAAGGUCUCCCCCAAGCUUUUGGCCGCCUUGCUGGCUGAGGUCUUGGCUCGCCGCCCCCCUGGGGGGGGACGGGGUCUCCUCCCGGGUCCUAGCCGCUAUCCCCCUAGAUCCUGGAGCUCCCGGAGCUAGGGAGGGUGGUCUCCCCAUGAGUCUGUGCUCUUAAUGAAUGGGGGCCUCCCGGCCUCCCGGAGGGGGCCGCUGCCUCUGACUACUCUCCCUCUUCCUCAGGACGGAGUCCCCGAAGCCCCCGAGCUCUCUUCCUGCAGACUGCUCCCCGUCCCAGGCUCCAUCUCUUCUCCAGGUUCUUGGGGAGCCAGGGAGUCCCCGGGUCUCCCGUUGGUCAUCCCAGCUAGACGUGAAACCUCCAGUGGCCAGCAGGGGGAGCGCUGGCCCCUCCCACCCAAGAGCUGGCACCUCCCACUCCCCAAAUCUCCCCCCUAGCCUGGCUGUUUUCUCCUCCUCCUCCUCCUCCUCCUCCUUCUUCUCCUCCUCUGCCUUCUCUGCCUUCUCCUCAGGGCCAUCUCCUCAGCUUCCCAGCACAGCCCUCCCGGAGCAGUUCUGGGGGCCAGGAGGCCAUGGGGGGGCCGCCCCCGGGCUUCCGGCCCUCAGGUUGGGUGCACUUGCUCCACCAGGUACCCCACACCAACUUCCAGCUCCGACCUGUGGCCAGCACCUUUGCCCCCCAGGAACAGGACUACCAGCAGGCCUUGCUGCUGGUAGCGGCUCUGGCCGGGCUGGGCCUGGCCGUGAACCUGCUCGUUCUGGGACUGUACCUACUGCGUUCAUGCUGUCGUUGCCGCAGACCCAAGGCUGGUCCCUCUGAGGUCUCGGGCUCUCCAGACGGAGGAGGCUGCGUCACCUGGAGCUGUGUGGCCGCCCUGCUCCUUGGCUGCGCCGGUAUCGGGCUCGGUUUCUAUGGCAACAGUGAGACCAGCGAUGGGGUGUCCCAGCUCAGCUUCUCGCUCCUGCAUGCCAACCAUACGCUCAGCUCCAUCGACCGGCUGGUUUCAGAAACAGUGGAACGCCUGGACUCGGCAGUUAGGUCUGAGCUGACGACCCUGGAGGAGGUGAUGGCCCCUCGGACGGAGCUGGUGGCGGCUGCCCGGGGUGCCCGGAGGCUGGCCGAGGCUGUGGCCCAGCAACUGGGGGAACUGGCUUUCUGGAGGGGCGUGCCCCUGAGCCCAAUCCGCGUGGCCGAAAAUGUCUCCUUUGUGGAGGAGUACAGGUGGUUGGCUUACAUUCUCCUCCUGCUUCUCGAUCUCCUUGUCUGCCUCUUUACUCUCCUCGGACUGGCCAAGCAGAGCAAAUGGCUUGUGAUUGUUAUGACAGUCAUGAGCCUGCUGGUUCUCAUACUGAGCUGGGGAUCCAUGGGGUUAGAGGCAGCUGCUGCUGUGGGUCUCAGUGAUUUUUGCUCCAGUCCUGACCCCUAUGUCUUGAACCUGACUAGGGCAGAAACUGGCCUAAAUCCAGAAAUCCUCCACUAUUACUUUCUCUGCAACCAGAUGGUUUCUAGUCCUUUCCAAGAGAGGCUGACCUUAUCCCAGCGGUCUCUGGCCAGCAUCUACUCUCAGCUCCAGGGACUAGAACGGGAGGCAGUUCCCCAGUUCCCAGCCGCCCAGAAGCCGCUAUUGGCCCUGGAAGAGAUGCUGAACGUGACUGAGGGGAACUUCCACCAGCUGGUGGCGCUGCUGCACUGCCGGGGGCUGCACAAGGACUAUGGGGCAGCUUUGCGGGGCUUGUGUGAGGACUCCAUGGAGGGCCUCCUCUUCCUGCUCCUCUUCUCCCUGCUGUCCGCCCUGGCUCUGGCCACGGCUUUGUGCAGCCUGCCUGGUGCCUGGGCCCACUUCCCACCCAGCGACGACUACGACGACCCAGAAGAUGAUGAUCCCUUCAACCCUCAGGAAUCAAAACGCUUUGUCCAGUGGCAGUCGUCCAUCUGAGACUACUUCCUCGGGCUGGGUCUGCUACCCCCAUCUCUGAGAAAGAGUUGCGCUAGGUGUAUGGAGAGCUGAUGUCCCCACGGUACCACACUAUCAAGCCAGUGAAGUCAGAGAGCCUCAGAUAUUGAAAGGUCCAACCCCUACAUCAUACAGACUUUACUUGAAGACCUCCACUGAUGGCCAAUCAAUUUCUUCCCAAGGCAAUCUUGCUUCUCGAUGAUAGGAAGGUUUCUCAAAUUCUUUUCUGACUUGUAGCCUAAAUUUUCCCUAUCCCUUCUCUGUCCCUCCGCCCUCUGGGACCAAAGAGAAAUUUCUAACUGCUCCUUCACACAAAAGUCCUUCAAAUAUUAGCAGGCAGCUCUCUGUCUUUCCUGAGUCUUUUCCUUUGGAUAAAUCAACUUCACCUGUCUCUGCUUUAAAUUGCUUUGUAUUUACUUGUAUAUCUAUUAGAGUUUUUAAAAUAAAAUGGAAGGUCCAUUAAAAAAAAAAAUUCCCAGUACCUAACACACUGCUUCAAACAAAGGAGGCACCAGCUGCUUGCUGAGGUGCUCAUCACUCUAGUUGUAUUACCUUGAUCCUCUCCAAAUCAAAGUCCUUCCUGAGAGGAGGUGUGCGGAACUGAUUAUAAGACUCCCCGACAAGUGACAGGAAUUUCCUCUCCUUAGAGACACUGAGCAGAGGAUACAGAAGUCCAGCUUGGACUCAGAGAUUUCAGGGAUCUAAAUCCAGCACUUGAUAGAUUCUGAAUCUCUGGCCACUUAUGUGACUGGAUGGUCCCUUCCACUUGUCAUUUCUGGAUGCUGUCUGCUUUAAUGCAUUCUAAGAUUGGACUUCCUUGGCUGCUACAACUCCUUAUUGACAUAAAUCCAGCUCACAAUCACUAAGACCCCCAGCUUUU